AUGAGUUAUGAUCAUAAUUAUGAUCAUAUAUUCUUCAGUACACCAACAGAAUUAGACCCUGAUAAGCUUUUUGUUGGUAAAAUAACCGAAACUCGUGAUGUUACAGACCCAUAUAUUGCAUUACAAAAUGAUGUGAAAUCCCAAAUCGAAUCGCUUAAAAACAGCUUAAUAACGGAGUUCAAAAUGUCGGAUGAGCCAACAUACAAUACUUAUCUCAUUAAUUUAUCAAAGGCAAUUUCAGAUUUAUUAGAUCUGAAAAAAAAUGAAGUCUAUGUUCAGUACAAAUCAGAAGAGAUUCUCAGGAACAACGCAUAUCUCAAUAACAGAAUCAAGGACAUGCUUAAUUUAUGCCAAAUACAAUUCAAAUACAACCAAUUAAGGUCUGAACUUGCAGAAGCGUACAAUUACUUUGAUCUUUCACGAGCCAUGUGUCUGAAAUCAGAAAUGGUUAAGAUGCAAAUAGAAAGUAUUAAACUUUCCAAAAAAGAUGAGUUAAUCAAGAAAUUUGAUUCACCACAAGCGAUUUUUAAUGAAGCAAUUGAUAAUCUGUUGAAACAUCCUAACUCUACACUACUUUUCAAUCUUCUUGCUUACACAAAAAAUAAAUCCGCAAUUUCUGACAAAAUUCAAAGAAUUAUCUCUAACAAAGAGGGCAAAAUCGAGUGGAAACCAGAAUACGUGAUUAGUGUUGGUGAAAUACUAACAAUUUUCGAAAGUAUGAGUUCGAUUUUCCCAGAUGCAGUUAAUUCAUUCCAACCUUUAAAGGAAUCACAUUCAACAGUCGUACGAAACCUUAAUAAGUUUAAUUUGAACAAUCUCUUGGCCAUGGAAAAGUCUAAAUACAUGAAAUUAAAAGAAUUUAAUUUAUCUACGAUUCUUUUCAACAAUAGUUUCUUUACACAUGAUGCAAGGGAAGUUUUUAACAAUCUCAAGGAACUAAAAAGGAUGCAAAUGUUUGCUUAUGUCGGAAUUUCAUUUAUUAUUCAGAAAAACUCUGGAAAUGAAUUCAAAGAAGUAAGAGAAGAGCUCAAAAGGAUACUUGGUAAUUACGCGAAGAACCUGGAUCUAAAAGAGAAGUAUGUUGCAGAAUUAUCCCAAUUAUUCCCUCCAGGAACCAUUAACAAUGAAAAUGCACGUAUUACUGCGUCAUACUUAGUCGAUAUAUCAUUGAAACUUCUCGAAAGUAGGGAUUACCAAGUAAAUAAGAAUGAUUUCAAUACAACGGGAAUUCUUUAUUUUUGA